AACACAGUAGAUGCGCGUGCCACAUCUUGACCAAAAAUCCAAGUUGGGCUGCUUCGCGCUCGCCAGAUCAGCGGCGUCGUGCGAUCGGCUGCCCUCGGGAUCGGCUGCCUCCAGACAAUCCCGUCCUCGAUGAGAUGCUGCGCCGCGCUCUGGUGAGUCUGGUCGCUGCCGCGGUCGUGGGCUCGGACGCGGCCGCCGCUCCAUCAUCAUGCAUAACCAACACGACGAAUGCGACGGCGGACGAGAGGGUCUAUGCGCUGAGCCGCAAGUUCCAAUGCCCGGACGUCGACGACGUGCCCAUGGCCUGCGCCUGGACGACGGCGUGGCAGCGGCGGGUGUUCCAUCUCCACAUGUCGAAAAUGGCCGGACGGGAGGUGCUCGCGCGCGCGCCGGCGGCCAUUGACGUCCAAAAGUGCCCAGGCGAAGUUCCCGGCAGCCUCGCGACGUUUAGGGGCCACGUCCGGCCGCCGGUCGCGCCGUGUUUCUAUAGCUAUGAGACGACGUGGGAUAAUGCUGUCGCGGCCUAUGCGAGCAGACCGCCGCCGCUCGUCGUGACAAUGAUCCGCGAACCCAUAGCGUGGGCGUUCUCGAAGAUCACGCACAAGAAGAAUCGGCGCGUCGAACCCAUGGUCGCGCAAGGCUGCAUCGAAGCGCCGUCGCCAUCGAUUGAGUGCGCAAAGAUCAAUUUUGCUCGCUUCGCGCUCGAACACCUGGGCUCGCCGCUAGGGCCAGAAUGCGACGCGGUGGCCCAGGCGGCGCUAGCGCGUCAGCGACUCGAUGCUUCGGUCGUCGGCCUCGUGGAGGAUCUGGACGCGUCGCUGUGCCUCUGGGAGUACCAGUUCGGCCACCACCGCGCCAACGCGACGGACUACGCCCGGCGCUGCGACUGCCGCGGCGAUGUGCGACGGGCUGCGGCGGCGGCGAGCGCGGCGGCGCUCCGGGGCAACGCUCACGUGGUGGGCAUCACCGGAGGUCCGAAACACGCGGGAAAAUACGAAGAACAAGUCUCGUUGCGCGCGGUCCUGCGCAUCGAGGCCGCGCUCCGGCCCCACGCGCGGCUCUACGACUACGCGGCGGGCCUCUUCCGGCGGCGCGCCGAUGUUGUCGCGCGCACGACGGGCGUGCGGCUCCUAUGCGACGACGACGCGCCGACGGGUUAUUCCGGUGCCAAGCCAGCAUAAGAUACGAACGUCA